CGAGAGAGAGAGAGGGAGAAAGGGAGAGAAAGAGAGAGAAAGAGAGAGAAGUGGGCGCCUGAAGCAGAGCCGCGCCAGCGAGAGGCGGGCAACCGGGCAGCCUACCCGGGAUGGCGCUCCCGGGGCACCCCGACUUCUUCCCGGUGCCAAGGCUGCAACUUCUGCUGCUCUGGAGUUUGGUUCUGACUCAGCCCGGUGAAGGAUCCCAGCGUAGUGAGCCCAUGUUUACAGCAGUCACGGACAGUGUUCUUCCCCAAGACUAUGACAGCAACCCAACCCAGCUCAAUUAUGGAGUGGCUGUGACGGAUGUGGACCAGGAUGGAGACUUCGAGAUUAUUGUGGCUGGGUACAAUGGUCCCAAUCUGGUGCUGAAAUAUGAUAAAGCACGGGGGCGGCUGGUGAAUCUUGCGGUGAACGAACGUAGCUCUCCAUAUUAUGCACUACGGGAUCGCCAAGGCAAUGCGAUUGGUGUGACAGCCUGUGACAUUGAUGGAGAUGGACGGGAGGAGAUCUACUUCCUCAAUACCAACAAUGCCUUUUCUGGUAUAGCCACCUAUACAGAUAAGCUGUUCAAGUUCCGUAAUGGGCGUUGGGAGGACAUCCUGAGUGACGAGGUCAACCGAGGUGUGGCAAGCCGGUUUGCUGGGCGCUCAGUAGCAUGUGUGGACAGGACGGGCUCUGGCCGCUAUGCCAUCUACAUAGCUAACUAUGCCAAUGGGAGAGUUGGACCACAUGCCCUAAUCGAGAUGGACACAGCUGCUAGUGAUACAGAACGUGGUAUUGUGGCCCUGAAUGAUGUGGCUGCAGAGGCUGGAGUCAACAAAUUCACAGGGGGUCGGGGCGUGGUUGUGGGGCCCAUUCUCAAUGAAGCUGCCUCUGAUAUCUUUUGUGACAAUGAGAACGGAGCCAACUUCCUUUUCCAGAACCAGGGUGAUGGUACCUUCAUAGAUGUAGCACCCAGCACUGGCUUGGAUGAUCCCUACCAACAUGGCCGUGGUGUCACACUGGCUGAUUUCAAUCGUGAUGGCAAGGUUGACCUAAUCUAUGGCAACUGGAAUGGACCACAUCGGCUCUAUCUGCAGAUGAAUGCAGGUGGGCGCAUCCGCUUCCGGGACAUUGCCACGCCCAAACUGUCCAUGCCAUCACCUGUCCGCACCGUCAUCGCUGCUGACUUUGACAAUGACCAGGAGUUGGAGGUCUUCUUCAACAACAUCGCCUAUCGCGGCUCAUCUGCCAACCGUCUCUUCCGGGUCACCCGUCGGGAACAUGCUGAUCCAGCCAUUGAGGAACUGAACCCUGGUGAUGCCGUGGAGCCAGAAGGACGUGGGACAGGAGGGGCCGUGGUGGAUUUUGAUGGUGACGGAAGGCUGGACCUGAUCCUAUCUCACGGAGAGUCCAUGGCACAGCCCCUCUCUGUCUUCAAGGUCAAUGAGGGUACUAGCAACAACUGGCUGCGGGUGAUCCCACGCACACGCUUUGGGGCAUUUGCUCGUGGUGCUAAAGUAGUGCUGUUCACACGGCAGAGUGGUGCCCAUCUGCGUAUCAUUGAUGGAGGGUCUGGGUACUUGUGUGAGAUGGAGCCCGUUGCCCAUUUUGGCCUUGGACAGGAUGAACCCAGCAGUUUGGAGGUGGUCUGGCCAGACGGCAAGUUCAUCACGCGUAGCAUUGCAAGCACUGAGAUAAAUGUCGUGCUGGAAAUCCCCUACCCGCGGGACCCCCCAGCAUCUCCCCCUGCUAUACUUCCUCUUGAGUGUGGCCAAGGAUUCUCUCAGCACGAGAGCGGGAGGUGUGUUGAUAUGGAUGAAUGUGCAGAAUUUCCCUUUGUCUGUCCAAGGGGCAGACCCGUCUGCAUCAACACAUAUGGCGGAUACCGUUGCCGCAGCAACAAGCGCUGCAACCGGGGCUUUGAGCCCAAUGAGGACGGCACAGCUUGUGUUGCUCAAGUGGCCUUUUUUGGAGGAUAUCCUUCUUCAGGGACCCGGUUUGGCCCCACUUUCUCCUCAGCCCCACUCCUUCCAUUUUGCCUCGGACUCUGCUUUCACUCCUAUGCACUUUAAGCCUUGCCAAUAAAGCAAGAUGUAGCCUUUAUGGAUGAAAUGGCCUCCCCUGUUCUCCUUCCCUCCACUUUCUCUCAUCCAGCCUUCUCAUGGUGGUCCCUGGGGACAUGGACCGAGGUGGGGACAGCCGUCUCCGCAGAGGGCACGAUGCAAGCUGGCUGAGGCAAUGCCAGUAGUGACACACCCCUUGCAUGUUUUCUGAGAAAACAGACAAGGCAGAGGCCUCACCACUGCUUUGUCUCCUCAGUGUGGCUGCUAUCUUCCUAGGAGCUUGCCCUUAAAUGAGAUGGCAGCUCUUCUUGCAACUGCCAUUUUCCUUGGAGCUUGCCUUUACCCAAGAUGGCAGCUUCUGCUGGUAGUUGCUUGCUUGGUUAAAAAAAGAAUCAAUACAGUUACUCCGUGCCUGCUGGUUUGGCCUGUGAAAUUAUUGCUUCCCUUCUUCUCCUCCUCUUCCUCCUCCUCCAGCCCGACUGGACUGGGAUUCACCUCUGCUCUUGUUUCUCAAUAUGUGUGUAGUGUUUGAACCCGCUCUGUCUUCCCGCUGGAGAAUCACCCUUUCCUCCACACACCAAAUAAACUGUACACUAUCUAUAA